AAGCCUUUUGGAGCCUUGUCUCAUCAUCUCCAUCACGUUUGCUGGCCUCGCGCUACACAAGAUCGUUCUUAAGUUCACUACGGUCAGCCACUUCCUGACAUGCAAAUAGUCUUAGUCACACCAACCUCCCCUACAGCGCUCUUUGGCUGGAUACUAUGAUCUUUUGAUCAUAAUUGAACCAGAACUUCUUAGUCUGUAGACGGGAUAUGGUUGCUAAUACCGUCUAGAUCGCACCUCUUGAAUGAACCACCGCUUUUGCCUAGUUCUAUUGUUUAUAGCAAUUCAGCCGCUCUCAGUCAAACGUCGAACGACAGCGAAUGAUAUCAGCAAACACAGCAUUACACAGGGAUAAACAUGGACGGCUAUUGUCCAUCGCGUAGCUUCUCGGAACGGAGGGGAAGUGCUAUGAGCAUGAGCUGUGGCGAGGAGUUGACAUUGAAUCUUCCUGGCGCUGGUCCCGUCAUCGUGAAUCAGAGGAUGGACAAGAUGGCCCAACCGAGACCCAGAGGUCCACCUACCCCAAGCAUGAGCACACCAGCACCCGAAUUUGACCAGCAACAACCUACGGGUUCCCCUCCGCCGCCGCCUACACCGGCUGCUUCUCCUGGUCCGGCUAAUAUCCAGCUGGACUGGAGCGACGCUGCUGAUGAUGAGGACUUCUUUCUUGCCCACGUCCGCCACCAGUUCAAGAUAUCAUCCGGUCCACGUCGGAAUAGAAUUCUCGCGGAUCUGCUAAACAUGUGCACAACCCAACAGCUGAGCUUUGUGCACCAGUUCGUGAGCCCACUACUCAAGAAGGACCCCUUCACCAGCCUGCCAGAUGAACUAUGCCUGAGAAUCCUAUCAUUCAUCGACGAUCCCCAGGUGCUAGCACGGGCAUCUCAGGUGUCAAGGCGAUGGAGAGAUUUGCUUAGUGAUGACGUGACCUGGAAGAAUCUGUGUGUGAAGCAUGACUAUGGUCGGCGUCUCUCGGAGGUUGCCUAUGGCAUGCCAGCGUAUGCGACGAGUCGACCUGGUGCUCUGCCACUGUCUGGUGCCGAGCAUUCGAAUCAAAGCUUUCCGGGCGCUUUACCUGGCUCGUCUUCACUUCACAAUGCGUCUAAAAGCGUCGAUGGAUCUACAAGUAGCGAAGUUGCUACUCGUCCAAUACUACGUUCAUACAAGUCUCACUUCAAACAAAGAUAUCUUGUUGAAUCGGCGUGGAGGACAGGUGGACGCAACACCACUCGUACCAUUACUCAAGACGGAAGGGUCGUAACUAGCUUACAUCUAACGCCAAAAUACAUCGUUGUGGCGCUUGAUAAUGCGAGAAUUCACAUCUUUGAUCGAAAGGGAAAUGCUCUCCGAACGCUGCAAGGUCACAUUAUGGGCGUAUGGGCUAUGGUGCCCUGGGAGGAUAUUCUUGUUAGCGGCGGCUGUGACCGAGACGUGCGAGUUUGGGACAUGACUAAUGGGGCAUGCCUGCAUACGCUGCGCGGUCAUACGUCUACUGUUCGUUGUCUCAAGAUGUCUGAUGCCAAUAUCGCGAUCUCUGGCUCUCGGGAUACUACCCUGAGAGUGUGGGACAUUAGACAAGGUGUAUGCAGGAACGUCCUGGUUGGCCACCAAGCUAGUGUGAGGUGUCUUGAAAUCAAGGGAGACAUUGUCGUAUCCGGAAGUUAUGACGCAACAGCCAAAAUAUGGAGUAUCUCGGAGGGUCGAUGCCUGCACACUCUCACUGGCCACUUCAGUCAGAUUUACGCUAUUGCGUUCGACGGCCAGAGAGUUGUAACUGGUAGUCUCGACACUAGUGUCAGAGUCUGGGAUGCUCAUACUGGUGAAGCCAUUGCUGUUUUACAGGGACAUACCUCAUUGGUAGGCCAGUUGCAGUUGCGCGGAAAUACUCUCGUCACGGGGGGAUCCGAUGGAUCAGUCAGAGUCUGGUCACUCGAGAAAAUGUGCCCUAUUCAUCGUCUCGCUGCACACGACAACAGCGUCACAAGUCUACAGUUUGACGAUACGCGAGUUGUUAGUGGAGGUAGUGAUGGAAGAGUGAAGGUUUGGGACGUCAAGACUGGGCAUCUAGUACGGGAACUCAUCACAGCUGAGUCUGUGUGGAGAGUUGUUUUCGAGGAUGAGAAGUGUGUUGCUGUGGCAAACAGGGGGGCUCGAGUUAUGAUGGAGGUGUGGUCAUUCUCUCCGCCCGAGGAUGCUUUCUACGAACGGCCAACUUCAUUGCCCCAACGGCUAGCCGAGCCCUCACCAAAUGGUCCUUUAUCAGCCGAUUUCCGGCGCUCCACCCUCGGCCUCAGUCAAUCCGCGUAUUCAGAUGACUCUGGUGGACUAGACGUAGUUAUGAGGGAUGCUGGUCCGUCUACCGCACCCUUGCCAGGGAAUACUUUCUUCCGGGAUGAUUGAGCAGCUUCGGUCCCGUGCAUCUUAAACCUUUUGCUGUCUAUUUCCAUAGUAGCGUCGCAGC